GGACUGAAGCCAGGCUGCAAAACCUCAACCCAGCCUCGCUCCAGCCUUCCACAGGCGGCUUCCAGAGGGAAAGCGCCGCGAGCCGCAAAGCCCUUUGCGUUGGCUAACAGCCUUCCUUCCUCCCCGCACUGACAGAACCAAGCCAAGCAAGAAGCGGUCAAGAGGUCUUGCUUCCGCCCCAGCCGUGAUGCUGCUUCCCCUUCCCCGCUGAACGCCCUCUGGGCGUAGCGCCGCUUGCUCAGAGGCUACAUCCAAAGGAGCUGGACGCCGACGAAGGGUCUCUGUGUGUGAGCCGCGAAUGUCCUUCCGGGGCCGCCGGAGUGGAAAAAUAGGGAUACUUCACUACCUUUAGACAAUGGGAAGCAGUAACUCCAAAAUAAGGCUUCCAUUUUCUCCAAGAAACAGUAUGAAGGACCACUACAGAAGUACAAAGCAAAAAUCCUUCAAUCAGAAUUCUACAUUGGGUGAUUUAUCAUUGGACGCAGACAGCGGUAACCAUACAUGCACACAGGAAAUUCACAGCAGUGAUGAAGACACUGAGGAGAUAUUUUACAGGUUUGUGAUUCUUCAUGCGGAGGGUGAUCUAGAUGAAGCUACAAGAGUUCUGGAGCUGCUGCAAAAUGAAUUCUGUAUUAAACCAGGAAUAAUUUUCGCUGAAAUGCCUAGUGGUAAGCAUCUGUUGGAAAAUUUACAAGAUGCCAUGAAUGACUCAGCAUGGAUAAUUAUCUUGUUGACAGAAAACUUCCUCAAAGAGCGUUGGUGUGAAUUCCAGGCUCAUACUUGUCUGUUCAGUUCACUUACCAAGCCACACAAGGGCAGCACAGUCAUACCACUGAGGCCACGGAAUAACUCACUUCCAUUGGAGAGGACUCCUCUUGCUCUUGGGGCCCUUAAUGCACUACAGGAAGAUAGUCCUGGGUUUGCCACACAAGUAAAGAAAAUUUUUCAGGAAUCUAGCUAUAAGCAACAGCAAACUGUAUGGAAAAAUGAAAAGGAGAUAUGAAACACUUGCUGGAAUGGUAAAGGUGUAGACAAUUUAAAGUGAAGUUGAAGCAAAGUCAUUGUAAUAACUUGGCCCAUUUCCACCUGGUGCAUUAUGCUGUGGACAUCCCCAAAUAAAUAUUUGGGAUGAGAAUUUAGUCUUACAAUUAAAUUCUCUGCAAGAUGUUAAUUUGUCAUCAUGUUCCACUUCUACAGUCCUGGUAGAAACACCGCUUGGACGUAAGAGCUGAUCUCAAGAAGACCCUGAGAAGUGUGGGCAUAGUUCAGUGGUACUGCUGCCUCUUGUAAACAGGGUCAGGCUUUUGAACAGUUUCAGAGAGCUGAAAAAUCUGUUUAAUUGGACUCAAUGGAGGUGGGAGGAGGGGAUGUAUGUGCGUAUCUAUGUACUCAUACACAUAAUGAGAAGAAGUGCCUCUCUGAAAUCACUGUUAAAAUUAUCUGUGUCCAGAUUUCAAGUGCUCAUAUCAGUUUUGCCUUAGGGUCUGCUAAUGUAUGGUGGGUUAUUUGGAGAAGAUGUGGACAGGCUCAGUACUAUUUAAUGAGAUCUCUCAAUAUCUACAAACUGUUGCUCUGGUAUCACAUGGGAAUAAAAGACUUCUGUAUGUUCAAUCUUAGUAGGAAUUACCAGUUUGAUUUAAUACAGCCCUUUCUACCUGGUUUCUGCUGACUACAUUUACUUUAGAGCUUUCUGUUUGACCUGCUGGGUUACAAGUAGUAUUUUUACAGGGUCACAGUUAAGUUGUAAGGCUUGCCUUGUGAAGUUUUGAAAUAAGGAAAGUUUCUAGUGUUUAUGUAGUCAAAAUGUUUUUAAGUGAUGAUUCAAUCAGUUAUGAGAUGCUGGCAGCCUUAUCUGCACAGGCUCUUGCUUUUUAAAUAAUGGCAUGUUCAGCAGCAUAAACACAGUGUAUAUGACAGCUACCCUGGUUGUAUUGUUCAAACUAUCUGUCCAUUCAGAUUGAGUUGGAUCCUAAGCAAUGCUAACAUGGGCAAAAUCUUCCCUCAUAUCUUUCUCCUAGCAACCCUAGUGGCCACUGCAAAGAGGUUGUGAACCCUCAUAGGCCAUGCAAAAUAAGUAGUUUCCGCAUACAGGAGAAGGAAACAGCUGCAAUUGCUCCUCUUGUGUCAGUGAAGCCUCUUCCAUCAGCACCAGCAGAAAGAAGGCAUAGGAUCCAACCUGUUUUCCAUGGGUUUUUUUUAAUUGUAUACUGCAGUUGUUUGCACAGAAUCCCAAAAGCUUUGCCUACCAUUCAAACCAAAUACCCUUUAUAUUAGGAAAGUCUGUCAAAUCUAAGGAUACUUAAAUCGUAUGUAUAUAUGGAUUCUCCCAAUGGCCAUUGCUAGACAACCCCAGCAUUCCAGACAUGAAGUUUCUAUAAGGGCAGCGGGAGGAGGCAGGACCCUUUCAGUGCAUAUUUUGUCCUUUGAGGGGGGACUUAUUGGGGCCAGGCCUGAAUAGGGUUGCCAUCUCCAGGUUGAAUAAUUCCUGACGAUUUUGGGGUGGAGUCUGAGAAGGGCAGUGUUUGGGGAGAAGUCUCAGCCAAAUAGAAUGGCGUAUAAUCCACCUCCCGCCCCAAAGCAGCCAUUUUCUCCAGGGAGACCGACCUCUGCUGUCUGGAGAUUAGUUGUAAUUCUAGGAGAUGUCCAGGUCCCACCUUGACAUUGGUAACAUUAGGCCUGGAAUCACCCUCUCAGUAACUUAAUAUCACCCAACUUGUGUGACUCAGCUAGAGCUGGUUGCUAAAUCCAGGGACAACAAUCAUCCCAUGAAAACCACUGCUGUGUAGCCAUUAGAGCGCUUCAGAGUAGGAUCUGAGAGACCCAGGUUCCAUGCCCAUCUUGAAGCUCACUGGAUGAUUUUGGACCACACAUAUAUUUUCAGUCUAACCUACCUCACAUGGUUGUUGCAGGGGGAGGAAGAGACGAGAAUAAUGUAAACUACUUUAGUCCCCACUGUGGAGCAAGGUGAGAUAAAAUGAAGUAAGCAAAUAAUAUAUAUAGCUGAAUAAAAGGUAUGUUGGUGAAUGGCUGAGAAUAAGAGAACGAGGCAGAGAAAUGAAAGAAGAUAUGAGGGUUGCCAAGAGGGG